AUGAAAGUGUGUUAACAGGUGUAUGAUUUAACUUAAUUGGCAUGCACUGAUACAAUUACUAAACACUCUUGUUUGAGCAUUUAGAAUAUCAAUUAACUUUGUUAUUGGGAUUCAAAGUCUUAUACCUGUAAUGAAAUAAAAGAGUAAACAUAUUAGGAAGAUUUUGAGGAUGUUCUUUAUAGUGCAUCUGUGUGUGGAAGGAUUAAAAAUUACUUAAUAAUUCACAGUUCUUUGAUUUGGCCACUUAUUUCUUACACUCCAGAUUUUGCAUCUGAAGCUUAAGACAUUUACAGAUAGGAUUUAGGUUUGGAGAAACAGAGCUCAAACAAAGAAUAUGAUGGGGGUUUAUUGGCCAACAAUAAACUGUAUAAUAAAUGUAACGAUGGCAACUAAGCCACCUAUUUUUAGUGGUAUCAUUUUAAUGAUGCAUAGUCAUAUGCUCUAAACAAUUUAAAAAUAAGCGAUAGAACGAGGGAGGGAUGCAUUGCGUUGUAGAUUGCAGAUGAUAGUGAUUAUUUGUAGAUAUUUUCAACAAAGAUCGAGACAAUCGGAAUCAAUCAUAUUUAUUGUAGAUAUCAAGGAGGGAUUUUUACUAAUUAUAAAUGCUUGUAUUUAAACAGCGAAUUAGAUUUGAAAGACAAAAAUUUCUUGUUAGCCAAUAAGAUAUAUUGUGAUCAACUGAAUUUGAACUAAUGUCAAUAUGUAGAAGCAGAGUGCUAUCCGAUUAUGUUGGAUGGAAAUAACGAACAAGAAGUAACAUGCACAUUUUCAGAGCUGAAACUACAAGAGGCUUAGGGUUGCUUAUCUCAAACAUAGUAAUAUAAGACUUAUAGGGAUUGUGCUACAGUGACUGAUGCAAAUUAAGGAAGUUAUUUGGAUAUAUCCUAAGUUCCCUCCGUUUGUAGUUCAAGCUGUGUAAGUAAAGAGUAGGACAAUUGUGAUGCCAAUCUUUGUAAGUGGAUAGAUGAACAGCCUGAUUUUUAUGGUUGCAUUCCUAAGUUUGGAUGCAACCAGCCAGGAGUGAAUCGUCAUUAUUGCAUCUAUAUGGCUUAGCCUUGCUAAUGGGAUGUGGAUUUAAACUAGUGCAAAUUAAUCUAUGAUUACGAGUUAAAUAUAAUAGAAUGCAAUGAUGCCAUGUCUAAGUUUUUAUGUGGAAGUAUUAGGACAAUGGGUUAAGAGUGUAUAUGGAUUGACGAGGACGAAAAAUGCUUAAAUGUUAUGAGUGUUCCUGCCCUGAAGGUGUUUACAGCUUUCCCUUCUAAAUAUAUUGUAAAUCGAAAUCUUUGCAUGAAUUACAACGGAAAGCAUCGAUAUCAGAAUUUUAAAUGUCCAAUUUACACAACAAGUGGUAGUUGUGCCACAGAAGAUCCUAGUGAAUUUACUAAGCAAAUGUGUUUAACUACAACAAAUUGUCAUUGGGACACAUUAUAUUAACGAUGUUCAUAGUAUCAAGUCAAAUCAAGCUGUGAGUAAAUGGUGAGUGUUUCAGCUGAUGCAUGCAGUUUAUUUUCAGAUUGCUUAUAUGAUUAAGCAAGCGAGAGUUGUAAGGCUUAGUAGACUAAUUAAAAUUGUAAUACCCCAGGUUUAGCAAAGGCUAAAUGUUUAGCAUUAGAUGAUUAUCCAUGUUAAUGGAUAGGAGGAAAAUGCAAUUAAGUUACUUAAUUUAGAGAAUUAUGUACUUCAUAUAGAAAUGUCAGUAAGUUGGUUUGUACUUCUUUGGAAACUCAGUUAUGUUAAUAUUCAAAUGGAAACUGUUUUUUAGUUGAUGUAUAGCCAACCAAUUGCUCAGACACUUAUAAUCGUUAUGCCUGCCAAUAUAGCACAGAUAAAUGCUACUUUUUUAAUAACAAAUGUCAAAGCUUUACAACUUAAUAACUCACAUGUACAGGAUAUUAUCUGACUCAGAAGGCUUGUCAAGCAAUUACAACUCCAGGGUAGGAAUGCAUUUGGCAAUCAGAUCAGUGCAUUUCAAUUAAUAAAAGCGUUAAUUGUUUGAGUACAUCCACUUUUGUUUUGAAUAAAUUGGCGUGUAUUGGGAUUUCAGCAGAGAGGUCUGCUUAUUUGGAUGAUCAGUUUUAUUGCGAAUACAAUGAUACCACGAAUGAAUGUAAAUCUAAUGUAACAGAUAUUGUUAAUGAUUGCGGAACUAGUUUGAAUCUCAAUAGACAAAGAUGCAGUGCUUUUACAACUGGAAGGUUUUGUCUUUUCUAGGAUUACAAAUGCAAUGAGAUAAAUUUGAAUCACAAAUAUUGGGAUGAUAAAUUAGACACUAUUAAUUGCGAGUAGGCCAAUAAAUCCCUAUGUAGAUUUGUUCGAGGACGAAUAUGCUAAUGGGUUAAGCAAACAUGGGCUGGCUAUACUGAUUAAAGAUGUGCCGAAGUUAAAAUCUUUAAUAUAAGCUGUCUCGAUACUCUUUCUUAUGUGGAAAAACCAUAUUUUAAAUCCAAAUCCUAUAAUCCUCAAUCAUGCUCAGCACUCAUGCGUUAUAGCGUGAUUGAAAGAUGUAAGCCUUCAACUGCCCCAGCUGAACUAUACACUAAAUGCGUAGUUGAUGAUGACAGCCCAAAAAACUACUACUCUUGUGAAUAACUUGGAAUCAGUCCCUCAAUUUGCGUGACUACCACUUAUGGCAAAUGUGCUUAUAUCAAUAAUGUUUGUGUUCAGGCCCCUGAAUAUUCGUCUACUUGUUCCACUCUCAAUAAAUUAGGCUGCCUUAAUUCCAGAUCUUAUUGCUCCUUGUUAUCUGGAUACACAUUGAAUUUCGAUAUGGGAAGUAUCACGUCGGAUGAAUAUGUUACCCAAGUGUGUGAUCUACAACAAUCCAAUUAAUCGUGUGAUUAGUUCAAAUAUGACAUGUAAUCAUGGACACUCUGUAGUGGAAUAUAGAAAUGUUAUGGUAGAUAUUAGUCUUGCAUUUUGCUAUUAAAUGCAGAGACUCCAAUCACUAAAUGCGAUUCUCCAGGUGUUAGUUAAUAUGUGUGUUUGCAUUCUGAUAUGAUAUGCUAAUUCAGGAAUAGUCGUUGUUAGAGUAUAUCAACAAAUAGAUGUGAAUUCGAAACCACUCUGGAGGAUUGUGUUCAGAAUUUGUAUUACAAUUGCGUGUAUUCAAAUAAAUAGUGUUACACUCAAAAUUUAAUAACCAAAUGUGACAAGUAUAGCUACACUAAUAAGAAAUUCUGUAGACAAUAUCCAAAUUGCAGAUACGACUCAUCAACUUUCAAAUGUAUUGACCUAGCAAUGUUGAUGGAUGUUUAAAAUAAUUUAGUAACCUAUGCUGUUAAUUGUUCAACUUAUAAAAAUCAAUUUGAUUGUUUGAAUUAAUGGUAAGUUCAAUGUUAAUAUUCGAGCAGCCUUUGUUCUGCUCCCUCCACUACACCUUCAUCUUGUCCUCAUUUACAAUAAUAUAGUAAAAUAUUGUGUUAAAGAUUUGAAAAUUGUGAUUUCAAAUUUGGGUAUUAUUGCUUCGACAAGACCUAAACCUUAGAUUGCACAAAAUUGUCAGAGACUCUCUGCGUCUAAGAUAUAGAUUAAAGUCUUUAAUGUUAUUGGGAUGGAACCACAUGCCAGAUAAUCAAUACCUAAAUAUGCAGUGAUAUCUAAAAUAAAAAAAUAAAUUACUUUGGUUGUUAAAAAGUGAGUUCUAAUGAUGGUUCUAAAUGUUUUUAUUCAGAAGAAUAAAUGUUUUGUAAAUUGGUAACUGAAGUGAAUUAAUGUUCUGAUUUCACUACAAAUAUUGGAUGUGCAUUAAGAGCAUAAACACCAUGUAUUGUAGCCAGUCCAAGCACAGAUAGUUCAAGUUGCUCGACUGCUGCAUUAACAUUCAAUUCAAAAUUGAAUCAAUUUGGAUGUACUCAAUUAGUAGGGAACGUUUAUAGAUAUGACAUGUAUGAAUAUGAAUGUAAAUUAUUAAUUGCCACAGAAAUGAGUGGAUGUGAAAAUUUGAAUUUUAAUGCUUGUAUCAAGAGUACAAGUAUUUAUUUGACUUUGAUGUGUGCAUGGAUAAACCAAAGAUGUUAGUAAAUCAAUGAUUUUACAAAUGUAAAUGAUUGCACAAAAUUAAAUAAAUACGCUUGUAUGAAAGUUGAAAAGAAUGACUUAAUAUGCAAAUGGGAUGACACAAACUUUUGUCUUGCUUCUACUGAGAGUUCCACUUGUGCAUCAAUUUCUCCUACAACACCAAUAACAAGCGAUGACUUUCCACCAACACCGUAUGUUAAAGCAUCAGCUCCUUACAACUCUCUUAGUUUGUGCAGCAAGGGAGAAAGUACGAAGGCAUGUAUGGCAAAAGUAGGACAAUAAGGUUGCGUUGAAUUCAAUUACACAGUGGAGAUUUGUUCAGGAUUAGGUUUGAAUAAGAAAGCCUGUAUAGAAUAGACAACAGGAUAUUGUAUUUGGUUGAAUAAUCAAUGUCAAAAUGCAUAAUUGGAUAAUUAGAGUUGCACAGCUUAAGUGAAUAAGAAAACAUGUUUAGCUAUGAAUGAUGAAAUGUGUCAAUGGAAUGUCAGCACUAACACAUGUUCAAAUAUCACAUUGGUUGAAUGUUCAGAUGCAACAACUUAUCUUUAAUGUAUGAAUGUACCCAAUAAGGAAUGCUACUAUAUCAAUACAUGUCAAGAGUUGAACAUUCUCCCUUUGGUUUGUAAGAAGGGAUUCAAUAAAGUGGCAUGCAGGAAAGUUUAAAAUCAAGUUUGUUAGUUUUCAAAUAAUGAAUGUUCUCUUAUUGGAGAGUUCGAUUACUGGUAGGUCUGUCCAUUAUAUAAGACUUUAGCUACUUGUCCGACAUCAACCUGUCAAUGGUAAAAUUCACAAUGCAUUAUAAAAACUGAAUGUUUGCAUGCAUAGUAGUCAUUGACAACUCCUCUUGAUGAAAUUCCACAUAUGUUGGAUAUAUGUACAAGCAUUAAGUUAUCUGCUUGUAUUUAAAUUUACAAUAAGAUUGGUUGCAUGAAAAGUAGUCUAUAUUGUAAAUGGGAUGAUGUUACUGGAUGCUCUUCCUUUGUUACAUAUCUGAACACAAUUACUUGCGAUGAUUCCAUCAAAUAUAAUAAAAAGGUUUGUGAUAAAUAUGCUCCAAAGUUCUGCGAGUUCAAAGAUGAUUCCUGCUCACCCAAAAUUACUGAUUACUAUUUUACUAAUAUUCCCUCUUAAACCUUAGCAAGUACUGAAAUUAAUCAAGAUAUUGAAACUGAAUAGUGUGAUUUUUACACCACCAGAGAAUCUUGUCUUUUAUCUACCAAAUUUGCAUGUAAAUGGACUGGAUUUUGUGAAUCCUUAAGCAAUAAUGAAAUCAAUAUAACAUAUUCUGAACUCAAUUUGAAAGCAUGUAUCAAAUUCAAAUAACAAUGGAGAUAAAGACAAUGUAUAGAAACUAGCUUUUUAUUCAUGCCAAAUGAAGUCAUAGAUCGAAACAUCCAAGUUUGUGAAACUCCAUUUAUUUCUAAGUCUACUUGUUUGAAUAUCAGUGCUUAACCUUGUACAUUUAAUACCGCAUAUAAUAAAUGUGAAAAAACUACCUAACUAUCCAAUAAUUGCUCCUCCUAUGUGAACGUCAAUCAAAAGACGUGUUAAUUGCUGAAAAACUAUGAUUGCCGAUAUAAUGAACUGACAUUUACAUGUGUAAGUGUAAAUUAGAAUCAAUUACCUUCUAAUUUAGAUGGAGUGUCACUUAAAGCCUGCAUCUCCUUAUCUAUUCCAGUAUAUUGGAAUGAUGGAUGCAAAUAAGCAACCAAAUUUUAAUGUGAUUCUGUUUAUAAAAGUUCCCCUUCAGCUUGUACAUUAGCAUUAGGUCCUUGCAUUUAUGAUCCAUCUACAUCCUAAUGUGUGUCCACCUAUAAUAUAAAUUCAAUAUAGUGUGACACUCCAGGAAUCAGCCAAGAACUCUGCACUUCAAUCCUCAGAUAACCUUGUAUUUUUAAGUCAAAUCAAUGCUAAAUAAUCCCAAACACAUAUUCAUGUAGUCAAGCCAAACUUGUUAAUCAAAUGGCAUGUGCAUCUCUAAAUUAAUCCUGUGUCUACGAUUCCUUAAAUUAAUCCUGCAAGGCUGUUAUUUAAGCUUUGAAAUGCUCCUCCCCAGGAUUAUCUAAGAAUGCUUGUCUUCUAAACCCAUCCUGUGCUUUCAAUUAUGACUACACUUAAUGCUAAUGUUAAUACAUUUUAUCACCAUAAAUUUGUCACAAUCUUUCAAGUACUGAUUGCUCAGCAAAUUCCUCAUGUUUCUAUGAUACACUCCUUCAAAUAUGCAGACGUAAAUAUUGUGAAGAUCUAGCACCAAAAUAAUGUGUAGGAUCAUUGGAAGGCAAACAAUGUUACCUCAACAAUAGAAAUAAUUGUUAAUCUGCAGGGAAAUGUGAAGAUAUCAUCCAUAUUGAUAAUUCCUAUUGUGAAGAUAUUUUCUUUGAUGGAUUCCCUUGUUUAGGUUCCAAUAAGAGAUGUUUCAGCUAAAAUAACUUUUAGGAUUACUGUCCCAAUUCUGACUGUUCUAAUAAUAGUUGUAAAUAUAAUCAAUAAAAUGUCUGUCAAGCUUUGACUUGCUUUUAGCUUGAAGAUUGCUCAAAAUUAGGUAAUCAUUGUCUCCAACUAUCGGAUGGUUAGUGCAUUGAAAACAAUAGUUGUCAAAGCCUGGAAUCAGAUAUGUGCAAUGGUGCUACUGUUCGGACUUAAGCAUCAUGUUUGUUGCAGAAAUAUAAUCUCUAUUUAGAGGAUGUCAUGUGUACCUCGUAAGUAUGUGAAUUAUACGGUAUUUCUGACUUAUGCAAUGGAAAUGAAUAUAAUGGAUACACAUGUUUAUUGGUAGAUUAAAAAUGCAUCCCUUGCGAUUAGAUCCUUGAUGUUUGCACUUGCAUGGAAGCUACAGGAAUAUGCUUAUGGAAAAACAAUAAAUGCCAUUCUGUUUAAUGUAGUGAACUGUUAAAUGCAGCCUCGUGCAAUUCCUUAUAACGAUGUUCUUGGAGCAAUCUCAAUAAUGCAUGCAUGAUCCAUUGCAAUAAAGUCAUCAACUCAGAUGAUUGUGAUUCCAGAACUGGAGAAUGCUAUUUUGAUUAUGCAACCAAUUUCUGUUUUGCCGGAAUUUACAAGACACCCAAUCUAUCUAUUCAGAUAGACAUUUCAUCGAUCUAUGCAAUAUAUCUGACAUUGUCCAUCAUUACAUAUACCUUGAUUUUAUGA